AUGCUGCGAAUUGGCGGUGUCCUGAUGUGCGUUGGGUUGCACUAUGGUCCAGCGAUUUACAGAUUGUUGGGAUACAGUCCUUCGAAGCAACUUCUUUUCCCGGUCGUCUGGCUUACUGUCGCGCUGAUACCGUUCCUGAUCACACCUCUCAUUAUCGACCGAUUUCCACGCAAUCGGCUCAUGGGUGUGGGCAUGAUCUGCUGCUCAAUCAGCUUGACUGUUUUGGUUGCUUUGAUCGCCAAUUCCGUCCCCACGACAAACCACGACGAACCACGGCUGCCCUGA